GAUAUUUCAUUGACUACAAGUUGUACUGAGAUAGACAUUGUUUAUUAAACUAAGCUUUUGUCAUAUUUCGGAAACUCAUUCAAACUAACUCAGCGCUACAUACGUGAUACAAAAUGUACUCAAUUUUAAAAAAGUGAAAUGUUAAGUUGGUUUCCAGAGCAUUUUAGCAUCAAACAAAUUAAUAAAUCUAAUUACUCAUAGUGUUUAUUUGGACAUUUAGAAACUUUAAGUUGGUAAUAUCUCGAUUUAGUGGAUUCCCAGCAUAAUGACUAAAAGAUUAGUAAAUUCCCAGUGGUCAUAACUGUCUUGCUAUCGUUCACUGGUUGUCCCUUUAUUGCCUACCACAAACUCCAGAGGUUUCUACCUGCCAGUCACUCAAAAACUAAAUGACAAAAUCAGUAACAAUUUUAGUAAGUUCAUGUUCCAAAUGUGUUGCGAUUUUGGAUGUACACUUCUGUACUUGUAAGGGUGUAAUAGAAAUAGUUUUCGGUUAUUUUGUACAGUGAAUUUGAUCAGUGAAAAUGAUGACGUCAGAAGUAUUAAUGCUGGUGCCGAUAUUAAUUGUGGUUCUGUUCUUUCUCGUUAUCAUUUCUUGUAUCUUUUGGGCAUACUACAAAGCUUCGCGAGAAUUGAGCAGAUUAAGGGAUUCCUGUUUGAGAAACCACGUAAUACUCACUGCGGAUACACAUACAGCUGAACUUGCCGUCUUCACCAACACAAUGCAUCUGCAUACUCUGCAUCGUCAGCUAUCUGAUGAAGAAUUGUCAGUAGAAGAUGAGAUCGACCACGUCAGAAUUGUAAAUGAACUAACUAAACCACCAAGUUACGAAGAACCACCCUCUUAUGAAAUGGCGUUAAUUAUUGAAGCUUCCAACCAGAGAAACGAAAAUUUCAACUCGACCGAAUAAACUCUCCCUCCAUGAUGACUACCCCUACCUAUCAAGAUAAUAAUAUAUUCACAUUUUUUCUGCAGAAUGAAUGAGUUACCAAUAAGGGUAGAUGAACAAAAUAGUCAAAAGAUGUUUUAACAGUGUUGCUUGGUUCAUAAACCACACUUUUAUUUCUAAUGGGUGAUUUCUUUAUCUACAGGUAUUUUUUUGAAAGAUGAAAGCCAAUCAAAAAAUGUAAUUACAUCGGGUUUUCUUCAUUAUCACAAAUGAACUUAUCGAGUUUGACCAAUAGCUCGUGUAAUGUUAUUUUUUCAAUCGUGUUGAGCUUGUUCAUGGAGACCACAGAGAAAGAUCUAGAUGUCACAUGGCUAGACGAGUCCGAAAUUUGAUUACAAAUGGUAUCGCCUUGCUGCCAAAUAAAGAUAACAGGCUUCAAUUUCAAACAGUUAAUAGUCCUUCAGCAUGACGUGGGCAUCAUUCAUAGUUACUUUUCUGCAACCUCAGUUCUCAAGAAAUGUGGAACAGUCAUUCCACCAGCUUGUAAACCAUAUCAAACCGUUGGUUUUUCUGAUUGUAAUGGCAGUUUCCGAACAUCACCAGGUUUCUCUUGAGUUUUGUGUAUUGAGCUAGAAAUGUGAUUCAUGGCUAAACAGAAUUUUAGUCUUUUCGUUAAAGUAAAAGUAUGGUUUAUGAAGGCUAUCAUCUAUUCUCAUUGUGGACAACAUUACCAAAGUAGGGGUAAAAUGAUGAGUUGAAGUAGGAAUUAUGAUUGUAAAUCGCCGAUCCAUAUCAUCCAUGUAGUGAACUAUGGAAAACUUGGUAGUUAAUUGGGUUCAUCUGUGAUUCAUACCAAAACAUUUAGGUUCAUGAGAAGUAGUACAUAUGUUGUGAAAAUGAAGAAACUGACUGAAUUUUAAAGACUGAGAAACAUAUAAUUUGGAAUACAUUUUUGUAGUAUUAGUAUUUGUGCUUGAAGAUGUUUGUAUGUAAUUUUCUCGAAUAUUAAAUGGAUAAUUCGACUCA